AUGGUUACUCUCACAGAAGUCGAGGACGAGCACUUCCAACACGCCCACCUGGGCGCCGAGGUGGAGGAUGACGACUUCACUGAUACCGAAUCCGAAAUCUCCAACGAGUCCGACUUUGACCCCUCAGAAGAAACUCUCACCGAACGUCUAUACGCUCUCCGCGACAUCAUCCCCCCCACCACCCGAGGCUGGGUCUCUAGCCGCGUCAACGCCGUCACCAGCGCCGCCUGGAGCGUCCUGUCCUUUGGCGGCAAGGGCGCCUGGGUCAUCACCACCUCUGCGCUGUUCCUCGGUGUUCCCUUUGCGCUGUCCUUUGCCGAGGACCAGCAGCUGACUGCCAUGGAGCAGGAGUACAACAUGCGACAGACUGGCAGCGAGCUGCUUACCGCGGGAACAGAGGGAAGCACAGCGGACCAGAUCGGAGCUGCUCUGGGCCCUGAGCAGACCAAGGCUGCUCUGUGA